GACAAUAUGGGGAUCAAAUAAGCAGACAGAAUAAUCGUCUGAACAUUCAGAACAUAGCUAAUCAAUUAUUAAGAUGUAACCCGAGUUAUGCUGGACAACCUUAUAGAAAUUUUCCUCCAAUAAAUGGUGCAAUGGGACAUCCAUUUAUAAUGAAUGAAUAUGCUUACAGAAAUUUGAUCAAUAAUCAUCCUGAGAUGGCAAAAUAUUACAUGUUUCCCACCUUUCCGGUAUUCCAUAGGGGGUAUUUCUAAUGGAACCAGUCAAUGGCCUCAGGAGAUAAAGGAUACUGAUAGCGAGAUUGGGAAAAAGCCUGCGCUUAACAAUAAUGACUGCCAAGGGAAUCAAACCUUACUUGACUCGUUACAAAAAUGAAAUCAAGAAAUUCUGCCAAAGAAUUCAAACAAAUUUAGGCACAAAGAUCCAAGCCCAGAUGUAGAGGUAAUUGAAAAUUUUAAUGACCAGGGUGACACACAUUCUUGUGCAAGAGAUGGAUCUGAAAAGGCAAUUCUCCUUGUAGAGGAAGGUGUUAAAGAAACCAAACUUCCUAAAUAAUAAGUCCACUGAUUUCUUUGAAACUAGUCAAAAAUACCAAACCGAAGCUUGAAACAAAGAGAAAUCAUCAAGCCAAAGGAAGAGGAGAAAUCGAAAAGCUGCUAGAAAGAAUGAAAAUUACACUAAUAAUACUGACAUUCGGGAUAUGUUCCCAGUUUGCAGAAAGACUUAUAUUGAAGAUAAAAAUUUCAGAUUUAAUAACCAUCAGAGCAGCACUAUUUCUUCAGUAGAUAGGACCCCAAAUACGCUUAAGAACGUCUGCCAAAUAACACCAGCUCCAUCAACAAUUGCUGAAAGUAAUAAGGAUAGCAAUUGAAUUGUAAUAGAAUCAUCUGAAGAAAUCGGAUCUGAUGUGGAAAUCAUGACUAUUACCCGAACAGAAUAUGAUUGGGACAUCGAAGGAUACAUUCCUCCAAAAAUAGGUAAAAAUCAUCAAAUCCUAAGCCUACCUCGCUGAAAAUAGCCGAACAAAAGAGAACCUACUAAAAGAUAAAAUGCCGUUUAUUCUUUGUUUUGAUGCUACAAAAGGGGUUCAGCAGUCUACAAGCUCUGGCUGUGCACAGAGUAGUGAUCCGUACACCAAAUUUAUUGAGCGAUGCAGGACCUCUCUCAAAAAGAGCUCUUCUAAGAGAAAGCCUCCUUUUGAUGAAGAACUCUUCCUCAGAUAUCUGGAUUCAAAGAACUAUAAUUUUGAACAGGCUUACCAAGGUAUUAUGAGGAACAGAAGAGAUUUUAGGAAUUUACGAGAUUUUGGAGUCAGGAAGAUCAAGAAUUUGCAAAGGAACAAAACAAUCGAGAAAAGAGAGAAGGAAAUGCUUGAGCAGGAGAUAGAAGAGGAUAAUAUAAUUUUCAAUAAAUAG